GGAGAAACUCCAACAAUCGCCCUUUCUUUAUCCGCAUAGCUGAUCAGAGCCUCCCGUGCUCAUUUACAUCGAUUGAUCAGCUCUCGUCCUUCGGCGUUCAUCUCUUUUUCCGGCGUUCUUCCUGUUUCUUCCGACCUCCAUAACCCCGAUAUAGCGACAAUGCUUCCUCGAAGAAUAACCGCCUCUGUGUGCAAGAACAAGUCAAUUUUCUUUGCUGCACCAUCACGGACAUUCACUUCAUCGCGGCCAGCUUUCGCCGAAGAAGCCGAAACCUCAGCUGAAGAUACCGCAGUCGAAAAGGAGGCCACCCAGGCGAAGCCCAGAGGGCCGGUCAAAAACAGGCUGAGAGCUGCUUUCUUCAGAUGGGAGGAGACGAAGGGUUUAGCGUUGAAGUAUCCUUCCGGUCCAACAUACAUCAACCAGGCCAGGGUGCCUUUCCCUUCGAACCCUACCUUCAGGCCCAGACCUGUCCUCUCUCGUGCAGAGAAGGACUCGAUUUACGAGGCGUGGCAGAACGGGAAGUCCAUUCUUGAGCUUUCUCAGCAAAGAAGUCUUUCCUUGGAGAGAGUGAAGGCUGUUGUGAGGUUGGUUGACUUUGAGCGCAAGAUGAUUGACUCGAACCAGCAUACCCUCUUCACUUUCGAAAGGGAAGUCCACCGUUACCUCCCUCACCUCACCAACACCACCGAGCCCGAAGACGCCGUCACUAUCAUGUCUCCCACCAAAGCAGGCUACGCUCGUAUGACGAUGGUCCCUGAAUCUCGUUCUAUUACCUCCGAGGACGCUGCGGAGGUCAUGAAGAUCAAGACCAUGAAUGAGCUGGAGCAGGAAGCACUUGCGAAGGCUGAUGAGAUGGAGCGGAUUGAGAGGAUGAGGGUAGAGGGUAUUGUGCAGAGGAAGGCGUAUGAAGGUGUUCGGAAAGGUACUUUUAGGAUCGUGGAUACUAGCGCUCCUAAGGAGCCCAAGGAGAGUAUGAGUGCGUAGGAUGGUUGGUGUAUGAUAUAUGAAAGGUUA